AUGAAGUUGACACUCGCCCUUGCGGCCGCGAGCCAGCUCCUAGCCACUUCCAUUGCUGCCUCCAUCCGCAUCAACAUCCCACCGUCCACGCUCCUUCCCAAUCCGAAUGCCCUGCCCGCUUCAACCCAUGCAACCCUCACCUCAAACAGCGGGCCUGAGCUCAAAGCCAUUCUACGAAAAGGCAACUACCUUGAGUUUACGUCAGUGCCGACAGUAGGAUCUCAUCUCCUCAACAUAUACACAAGAGACUAUGCAAUCGCGCCCUAUCGCAUUGACGUUGCGCUCUCCCCCACCGAUCCCUCUGCCACAGAAAUCACCGGAGCCUUUGAAACCUACCGCGGUACGCAGUGGUCAGAUCAUGGAGUGGCUCUGACGCCUGGAGGCAAACCUACACAGUCGCUCGUUAUCAACGCCAAAGUGCUGUCUCGCAAGAACUUCUACGAGACACGAGCCGGCUUCAGUGUUCUCAGUUUACUCAAGAACCCUAUGAUUCUGAUGGGCGUGGUGGCUCUGGCGUUUACCUUUGGCAUGCCGAAGUUGAUGGAGAACAUGGAUCCUGAGAUGCGAGCUGAGUACGAGGAAAUGCAGAAGAAAAGCCCGAUGGGUGGCAUAGGUCGGGCUAUGCAAGGUGGAGGCGGCGGCGGUUCGGAGGGCUUUGAUCUGGCCGGCUUUCUGGCCGGAAACCAGGCAUCUGGGACAACGGGAGCGAGCAAGAGCGGUGGAUCCGGAGAUAUUAGAGAAAGAAAGAAAUAG